AUGAAGACUUCCGCUCUUUUCCUCGUUCCACUCUUUGGCCUUGUGCUCGCCGCGCCUGCAACUCCGCAGGAUCAGUGCAGUGUGGCAAAUAACAAUGUUUUCCAACAAGUUUCAAAACCGGAUGGAUCAGGUCUUCAAGUAAAGGGAUGUGAUAUUGCCAUUUCGCAAUACGUUUCUGAAGCCACUGGCCUUGAGAAGCGUGCGAUGCAUGGCACCCUUCAAGUGAUGUGGACCAUCACGCUCUCAGCCUCAAAAGACAUAAUCAUUCGCGCACUCGUCAACAUGGUCAGCGACCAGAUCACCCUGUUCACAGAGAUGGCUGGGAUGGGCGUCACCGUCGACAAUGUGGCUCGGCUCUCGGGUAACCAAGUCGCCUUUGAGGUGAAUGCUGAAGGAAGGUGGGGUGAUACUGCUGCCAGAUUUGUAUACGAUUUCGGCAUUGGAACCAUCGUCAGCUUCAUCAGAGAAGGUGCUCGUGAUCCCAAUGGAUACAACUUGCCAGUUGACACCGAAUACUGCUACACCACACUGGUAUAA